AUGUUUGCAAUCAAUAGAAUACAGUUGGUGUUAACAUUCGAGCCAACGAGAAAAGCGACCUCGAGCCAACGAGAAAAGCGACCUCGAGCCAACGAGAAAAGCGACCUCGAGCCAACGAGAAAAGCGACCUCGAGCCAACGAGAAAAGCGACCUCGAGCCAACGAGAAAAGCGACCUCGAGCCAACGAGAAAAGCGACCUCGAGCCAACGAGAAAAGCGACCUCGAGCCAACGAGAAAAGCGACCUCGAGCCAACGAGAAAAGCGACCUCGAGCCAACGAGAAAAGCGACCUCGAGCCAACGAGAAAAGCAACCUCGAGCCAACGAGAAAAGCAACCUCGAGCCAACGAGAAAAGCAAGCUCGAGCCAACGAGAAAAGCAACCUCGAGCCAACGAGAAAAGCAAGCUCGAGCCAACGAGAAAAGCAACCUCGAGCCAACGAGAAAAGCAAGCUCGAGCCAACAGGGCUCGAGUGGUUAUUCAUCAAUUGA